UGCUAACCACCAACAUGGGUAGCUCAGUUAUCCUCGUCGCUGCUCUUUUGGCAGCAUUCGUGUCUACAUCAAGGCAGUGCGAGGUGCGUGCGCGCACGCAAGCGGGAUGGGUGUGCGGCGCCAAGCGGCUGGCGCAGGAUGGCUCGCAGUACGCCAGUUUCCGAGGAGUGCCUUACGCCAAGCAGCCCCUGGGAGAGCUACGCUUUCAGGAACUUCAACCACUUGAACCUUGGAUCGAGGACUUUAAUGCCACAACCGAAGGGCCCGCCUGCCCGAACAAUGAUAUCUACUUUGGCCCCCUUGUGCAGCCGCAAGGCAUCAGCGAGGCUUGCAUCCAUGCCAACAUACACGUCCCAAUAGAUGCCCUCCCGAACACCCAAAUCGGUGCAAGUUGUACUGGAGGGCUACCGAUCUUGGUGUUUAUUCACGGAGGCGGUUGGGUCUGCGGGUCCGGCGACGCAGACUUUAAUGGACCAGAGUAUAUGGUCAGCAAAGGUGUUAUAGUAAUCACUCUCAACUACAGGCUGGACUACCUUGGCUUCUUGUCCCUGAACACCUCGAAGAUUCCCGGGAACAAUGGUCUGCGCGACAUGGUGACCUUGCUGCGCUGGGUGCAGGCCAACGCGGCCUACUUCGGAGGCAACCCCGCCGACGUCACGCUGGCGGGACAGAGCGCCGGCGCCGUCAGUGUGCACCUUCUGACGCUAUCGCCAGCCGCUGUUGGACUAUUUAAUCGUGCAUUUAUUAUGAGCGGUGUCGCUAUCCAGGGCUUCUACAGCCAGUCUCCUGUGCACGCUCAGCAAGUGGCUGCCCUCUUCCUCUCCGCUCUGAACAUCUCCUCCACGGACUACGACGAGGUCCACGACCAGCUUGUUGAAUUGCCGAUCGACAUCCUCAUAGUCGCCAGCAGGGUAGUGUUAGAUCAAACGGGUUUAAACAGUUUCGUCCCUGUUGUGGAGACACCAUUUGCAAACUUUACGACAAUCCUAAGCGAGUACCCAGAAACUCUGCAAGCUAACGGCAACGGGAAGCAUAUUCCGCUAGUUAUAGGCUUCACCAGCGACGAGUGCGAGAUGAUUCGUCCAAGAUUAGUCCAAAAUCAACGCUGCGGUUGCGAUCCAAGAGAAUCCGCUGAUUGGGUUGUCUCCAGAGCUUGUAUACAGUUUGCCAUCGAACGUAACAGCGGAGAUGGCGAAGAAGGUGAUGGCAAGAUAUUUUAACGGGACCCCGACAAUGGACGAGUACAUUAAGUUGUGUACCGAGUCGCUCCUCCAGUACCCGGCGAUCAAGCUGGCGCA